AUGGCAGCAGUCUUGGCGUCGUCCUCCAACCAGACUCCGGUUAUACUGCUCACCGAAGAUCUGCGUUACGAUCAAAAGUGCAUCUGCAGUUUUGCUCCGGUGAAGAUUAUCUUAGAGAAUUUUUACAAUUUUGCUGUGUUAUUGUAUUUUUCAUUCCACUGCUGCCACAAGGGAGAGAAGUACGAUGGGCGCAAGGCGGAUGUUUGGUCAUGUGGAGUAAUUCUGUAUGCUCUGCUGGUGGGAGCAUUACCCUUCGACGAUGACAACUUGCGUCAAUUGCUUGAAAAAGUAAAACGGGGUGUGUUUCAUAUUCCACACUUUGUUCCACCCGAUUGUCAAAGUUUACUUCGUGGUAUGAUUGAGGUUAAUCCAGAUAGACGACUAACGUUAACCGAAAUAAAUCGUCAUGCCUGGGUUACGGCUGGUGGUAAAGGUGAGUUGGAGCUGGAAUUGCCCAUGAUGGAGGUGGUGCAAACACAUGUUAUACCUACUGCCACUGCUGUAGAUCCUGAUGUUUUAAAUGCUAUAUGCUCCCUGGGAUGCUUUAAGGAAAAGGACAAGCUCUUACAAGAACUUCUAAGCGCCAGCCAUAAUACCGAGAAGGUCAUUUAUUUUCUUCUCCUUGAACGAAAGCGACGCCGGCCGGCCCUUGAAGAUGAUGAAGAAAUAACACAAAAACCACGCAAUGAACUGGAUACAGUGGAUCCACCCCGGAAACGAUUAGAUAAAUGUCGUAUUAAUGGCACAAAUGCGCCUAGCUAUGGUCAGAUUUCUGAGGGCUCUCCACUUACGCCCCGACGACAGGCCUUUAAUUUUAGAUCGUACAGUAGUACACGUAAUCAUCAAAGACGCUCUCCUACAACGUCAGUGCGCAGCUCAUCAUACCACAGUCCAACUCGUUGUAACUCACCAAUAAGCUUAACUCAGCAACAAGCUAGUGCUAUAUCGCGGCCUACCUCUCCUGCUGCUGGUUCACGUCAUUCAACUUAUAGUGAUAGGGAUCGUUCUGGAUCGGGGCAUCAUACGGCGGUCAGCCGGACCCCGUCCCAUAAUUCACAGAAAAGCAUUGAGGGAGAUGUCAUAGUCGUUAGAGAGCCGCACUUGGAGCACCGUGAUUCAACACGUCAUGCUCAAGAACGUAGAGGUAGUGGUAGCGGUUCUCCUCGGGACCGUAGUGAAUGUGUGCAAUUACCUAGCAGCCCGGGUGGUGAUUCGUGUGGGAAUUCCGCUGCAGCCUCACCUACCGUGCAUAAUCGGACAAAUUCUGGCCCGAAAAUUUCUAUUGUUGUGAAUCCAAGUGUUCUACCGUUGACCAAUAAUAGCAAUCCAGGCGUCCCUGGUUCACCCUGCAAUAUGCCAGGAGGACAACUGUGGAAAACAAGACUUACCAAUAUAAAAAACAGUUUUCUUGGCAGUCCGCGUUUUCAUCGAAGGAAAAUGCAGGUCUCCGCUGACGAGGUACACUUAACACCGGAAUCAUCACCAGAGCUUACUAAACGUUCUUGGUUUGGUAACUUAAUAACUACUGAGAAAGAUGAGACAUUUACCAUAUUGGUAAAGGGCAAACCUAUAGCCACAGUCAAGGCACACUUGAUACAUGCAUUUUUAUCCAUGGCAGAGUUAUCUCAUAGUGUAGUCUCCCCCACAUCAUUCCGUGUGGAGUACAAGCGCAACGGCAAUAGCUCCGUUAUGUUUCAAAGGCAUGUUAAAUUUCAGGUUGACAUCAGUCCCAUAUGCAAGCAAGGCGAUAUAGCGGAUAUGCUAUUCGCUCUAACAUUUACACUGCUAUCAGGUAACAUACGGCGCUUUCGGCGUAUUUGUGAACACAUACAAUCCCAGGUCUGCUCAAAACGUUUUCCGGGCCCAAGCAGUCCACCAACAGUAGCUUCAGUCACGCAAGCGGUCUCAGAAAGUUCAUCAUGUGGGUCAGUGUCAAGCGAACGCUUGUCCUAUAAGCGGCAGGUAAUUGAAAAUGACAUGGAAAACGAUUCCAUAUUUUCUUAUAAAUCUGGAAGUGGACGCCGGGCAUCCACGACAAAUAACAACAAUCCCAAUCCGGUGGAUAUUACAGGCAGUCCCAUUGCAGUUCGAUCUAAUUCUGAAACAGCUGAGCAUGACCGCAACCGUAAAAUUCAGGGUGAUCAACAGACAACAACGAUGUCCGGGAGUGCAAUCGCAUGAGAAUUAUUUCUCUGAUUUAGUUGCUUAUUUUCCAAUUAUCAUUUUUAUUUAUUCG